ACCCUAAAAACAUGAAAAAAGAACUUUUAUUGCAAGCUGAUAAACUGUGAACGGAUCGAAAAUAUUUUAUUAAAUUUUUAACAAAUUUUAUGAAAUUGUUUUCUGAAAAAGAAACAAAAAUGUAUUGAUUGUAGCGUUGUGAAUGCAUACGUUUGUUAAGUGGUUAGAAAUGUAAAAUUGAUAAAAAAUUGUGUAUACACAUAUAUAUGCAUCAUCCUUAGUCGAGAAAAAAUUUGACUACGUUGUACAAUAUUUUGUUGAAAUAGAAGAAACCUAAAAAUGUCUCAUCACAAUCGUGGACAUGGAUCUAUACCCAAUCGAUGGCUGUAUUGCCCUAGGAAAAGCGAUGGCAUAAUUGCUGAAAAAUUUCUUGCUUUCAAAACCCCACUGAAUGCUGCUUUCCUAGACCAAAUGCCAUUGGAGUGCAUUUUUCAACCUGAAAUGCUCUUUGACUAUUGUAAAACUAUAAAACUGAAGUUAGGUUUAUGGAUAGAUCUAACAAACACUAAAAGAUUUUAUGAUAAAUCUGUGGUCAUGACCCGCGGAGCCAAUUAUGUCAAAUUACAGUGCCGCGGUCAUGGGGAGACUCCAUCACUUCAACAAACACGUUCUUUUAUAGAGAUUGUAGAUAAUUUCGUAAACGAGAGGCCACUUGACAUUGUGGGCGUCCACUGCACUCACGGUUUCAACAGAACUGGAUUUCUAAUUGUAUCGUAUAUGGUCGAGAGACUAGAUUAUUCUGUGGAAGCGGCUUUAACAAUGUUCGCUGGGGCCAGAGCGCCCGGAAUUUACAAACAAGACUACAUUAACGAGCUCUUUAAACGCUAUGGAGAUGAGGAAGAUACAAUGCAAGCGCCAAACUUGCCGGAUUGGUGUCUCGAAUAUGACGAUUCAAAUAAUCAACAGAAUGGUUUCAAAAGGACACAUGAAGAUUCACCUCAUUCUUCCAAGUUCCAACAUGUUACGGGAUCGUCAACAACCGAGAACAAUGAAUUCGGUUUCGAUUCGGAUAAUUUGAAAGAUGAUGAAAUCGAUGAAAGAUCAAAUGACGAUAAUCAACCCGGUGGCUCCUAUUCCCAGUCAAAUAAUGCCAUGUCCACGAAUGGUAAGCCACGUAAAAAACGAAGACGAGAAAUGUUUGUGGAGAACGCCACAUUUAUGGAUGGAGUUCCAGGCGUAGUAUGGGUACACGAUCAGCCUCGACUCAGCAUAAUACAGCAGAAAGUGCAAGACAUGUGCCGCUGGGAAAAAAACGGAUUUCCCGGUGCCCAGCCAGUGUCGAUGAAUCGUGAAAAUAUUAAUAUGCUGCGUGAGAAACCGUAUCGAGUCUCCUGGAAAGCAGAUGGAACCAGGUAUAUGAUGUUAAUUAAUAAGCGUGACGAAAUCUAUUUUAUCGAUCGAAAUAAUUCUUGCUUCCAAGUGGAUAACUUAACGUUUGUGAAAUCCGAAGAUCUUAAUGAGCAUUUGGAGGAUACAUUAGUCGAUGGCGAGAUGGUUUUAGAUAAGUAUAAAGAUAAAACCUUUCCCCGUUAUUUGAUUUACGACGUUGUUAGAUUAGGGGAAAAAGAUAUAGGCAAAGAACCAUUUUAUGAAGAGCGAUUAAAUUGCAUACAAAAAGAAAUUAUUGAGCCUCGUCAUCGAGCUAUGGUGGAGAAAAUUAUCGAUCGUAACGAUGAACCUUUUGGUAUUCGUAAAAAGGAUUUCUGGGAUAUAAGAACUUCGGCCUCCUUGUUAGGUGAAAAGUUUGCCAAGUGCUUGUCACACGAACCGGAUGGUUUGAUAUUCCAACCAUCGAAAGAACCCUAUACACCCGGAAUGUGUGAAGACGUUUUUAAAUGGAAGCCGCUUGAAAUGAAUUCGAUCGACUUUCGUUUGAAAAUUGUUGAAAAAUGUCUUCCUGGAAUGCUUCCAGAGAAGCAUGCGCUAUUAUACGUAGGUGGUCACGAUGAGGCUGUUGGUAUACUGGAAAGUACGAAAGUUCCCAAGAGCUUAAAUAACAAAAUCAUAGAAUGCUCUCUUAGUCCAGAAGGAAAGUGGGUGUUUAUGCGCGAGAGGACAGACAAGACUUUACCUAACAGCUAUAAUACAGCUAAGUCGGUUUUCGACAGUAUCCGCGCUCCUAUUACAAAGGAAUGUCUUUUAGAAUAUAUAGCCAACUAUGGUUUUCGUGAAGAUCACGAUAAAAUGCCUCCGCCAAGAAGUGCUUCUCAACGUUUGCCACCCAAUCAGCAGCAUCAACAACAUUACAAUCAACGAAAGCAGCAGUUGGCAUCUCCUUCACAGAAAUUGCAACCUAAUCAGCAAUUUAAAACAACACAUCAUUAAAUGGAUGAUAUU